AAUAAAGUAUGAGUAAAUAGGACGAUAUAAUAGAAAUAAACCUUGAUGAAAAGAUAUAAUAAGGGAAAAGAAAUAAGUAGAAUUUUAGAAAAGGUUUUUAAGAGAAGAAAUAGAAACUAUAAGCAUUUUUUAAUGAUAAAUAGAGAAAUGAUAAUCGUAAUCCUGGUGCAAUAGUUGAUAUAACAAAUUUGCAUUAUAGUGUUACAAAUGAUGAAUUAAAGGAGUUAGCUUAGUAAUUUGGUAAGGUCAGAAGAGCUUAAGUAGAAUGGGAUAAAAUGGGAAGAUCUUAAGUAAAAUAAAAUAUAUUUGAAUAGGAAUAAGGGUACAUAGAGUUUUUUUAUGUAUCAGAUGCAAAAAAAGCAGUUGAGAGUUUAAAUAAUACAACAAUAGAGAGUUUACCAAUGAAAGCUUAAUUAAGAGAUUCAACAAUGAGAAGAGGCAUGUUCAAACGAUGAUGAAUAUUAAUGU